AUGUCUGACGAACAAAAUUCCAUUCCUGAAUCCCAAGCACAACCUGUAAAAUCUGAUUCUUCUGAACAAAGAAGUGAAAAAUCAUACAAAGCUGUUGCCCAUAAUCCUAGAGUUUCUCACGAAGCUAGAGUAAAUGCCGCAGAAAAAUUAUCAGAACUUCAUAAAGAACGUACAGGAGAAGAACUUGAUCCUCAGCAUGAAGCGUCCAUUGGUGACAAAAAAGCUGAAUUAAGAGAAUAA